GCCACUUCUGGCGGCUCCUCUCCCUUCGCCGCCGCCGCCGCCGCCCCGGGGGCGCCCCCGGCCCGCCCCCCGCCGCCAUGACCGUCAAGCUGGACUUCGAGGAGAGCCUCAAGGACUCGCCCCGCUUCAGGGCUGCUAUUGAGACGGUGGAAACGGAAGUGGGCGUGUUGGAGACCCAGCUGGAGAAGUUGCUGAAGCUCUGCACCAUCAUGCUAGAGUCCGGACGGCAGUAUUGCGCCCACAGCAAGAAUUUUGUGUCCGGCGUUCGGGAGCUGUCGCAUAAUUCCCAGGCGGACCCCAUGAUGAACGAGUGCCUCGAAAAAUUUUCGGACAGCCUCAACCAAAUGAUCACCAGACACGAGGAACUUCUGGACACCACGCAACAGUCGUUCAAGCAACAGCUGCAGAGCCUGGUGAAAGAAGACAUUAAGCAAUUCAAGGAAACCCGUAAGGACUUCGAACGUGGCAGCGAAACCCUCUCCAGCGCCCUCCACCAUAAUGCCGAGGUGCCCCGGCGGCGCCAGCAUGAAGCCGAAGAGGCUGGGCUUGCACUGAAGGCUGCCCGCACCGCCUUCCGUGCCCGAGCCCUCGACUACGUCCUCCAGAUCAACAUGAUCCAGUCGAGGAAGAAAUCGGAGAUCCUGAAGUUUAUGUUGACCUCCAUGGACGCGCAGUCCUCCUACCUGGAGCAGGGGUUCUAUGCGGCAAAAGAGCUGGCUCAGUAUCGCAAGGACCUGGCAGCGCAGCUCCAUCAGUUGGUUUUGGAGUCGGCCCGAGAAAAGCGAGACAUGGAGCAACGCCACACGGUCAUCAAGCAGAAGGACCUGUCGCAAGAGGACGCGGUUCCCGAGCUCCGUGCAGAGCCGGGGGUGGUGGUGAUGGAAGGAUACCUGUACAAAAGAGCCAGCAACGCUUUCAAGACGUGGAGCAGGCGCUGGUUUUCCAUCCAGAGCAACCAACUAGUGUAUCAGAAGAAGGCAAAGGAUGCCUUGACAGUCGUGGUUGAGGACCUCCGUCUGUGCACCGUCAAGCCGUGCCCGGACCACGAACGCCGCUUCUGCUUCGAGGUCGUCUCGCCCUCCAAGAGCUGCCUCCUCCAAGCGGAUUCGGAGCGCCACCAGCAAGCCUGGGUGGGCGCCGUUCAAUACAGCAUCGCCUCAGCGUACAACGAGGAACACCCAGAGCCCCCGGGGCAGCCCCUGGAGCGAGCCGCAUCUCUCUCGGCAGCCAAGCUGCAGUCCCCUUUGGGCCGGCGGCUGCGGGGGAGCACGGACAAGCACGUCGUAGAUCGGGUUCAGCGGCUGGAGGGCAACGCUCAGUGCUGCGACUGCCGGGAGGCUGCGCCCGAAUGGGCCAGCAUCAACCUGGGCAUCACGCUUUGCAUCGAGUGCUCGGGCAUCCACAGGAGCCUGGGCGUGCAUUUCUCCAAGGUGCGAUCUCUGACGCUGGACUCUUGGGAACCGGAGCUCGUGAAGCUGAUGUGUGAGCUGGGGAAUCACAUCAUCAACCAGAUCUAUGAAGCACGGGUGGAAGAGAUGAACAUGAAACGGCCCCAUUCCGGCUGUUCCCGGUGA